AUGGAUUAUUUAUCACUGACCUAUUUAUUCGUACUUAUGACUCCUUUAACAGUGGCUGCAUCCCAGUUCCCCGUUCAGUUAUCCAUUAGCCAAGAAAAAAAAUUUUUUCCUCAUGAAAUAUCUACGUAUAUUCAGCAUGUUAAUGUUCAGAUUAAAACUGGUCAAAGUGUUCAAACUCAUUCAAAACCACCACAGGAAUUAUUCUUAGUUCUCGAUACAUCAGGCAGUAUGGCUAGUGGAAAGAAAUGGACAAACGCCGUACUUGCCAUUGAAAGUAUUAUUCGUAACAUGAAUAGUGAAGAUAAGUUACAUUUGAUUCAAUAUAAUUCCCGCUCAUCUAUUGUGUUUGAAAACGAAAAUGAUCAUCGAAUAAUGCUAAAUGCUUUACAUGCACUGUAUCCAACCGGUGGUACGAAUUUGAUGACUGGUUUUGACCAGGCAAUUACUCUGGUGAAGAAAUAUUCUGAACGACUGACCUUAAAACGAUUAUUCUUAUUUUCGGAUGGGCAUAUAAAUGAAGGCGUUACACAACAUACGCAACUUUUGAAAGAAGUAACAUAUAUGAAGACGAUAUAUGAAAUAACAAUUUGUUCAUUUGGUAUUGGUGCUGAUUUUGAUGAAAAAUUAAUGACUAAUAUUGCUGACCAUGGCUCAGGGGACUAUUUUUUUAUACAAGGUGCAGACAGUAUGAAAAAAGUCGUUGACAUUGCAUACAAAGGAUUUCAAUCGGUGAUGGGUACAAAUGCCUACUUGAAAAUAACAACAAAAAAUGAUGCACAUAUUGUGGACGUUUAUGGAUAUGAAUUAAAAAAUGAUGAAAAUCAAAUAAUAUCAAUCGGAGAUAUUCGUUAUGAUGAUAUGAUGAACAUCUUACUUCAGACUGAAGUUAAAAUAACGGAAAAAUUACUUGAACAAAGUGAGAUUGAUUAUAUGAUUAUUGAAUUAUGGAUGACGGACGUUGUUGACCGUUCGUCGAAACUUGUUACCAGCAAAUCAGUUCUAUUUUCAUUUAGUAAAAAUGAAGAAGAAUUAAAGGAUUUAAAUAAAGUAGUUGCACGUCUUGUCGAAUUACAACAAAUACAACGACGUGAAAAAGAAGUUACCAAACUUCUAAGAGCACAACGCGUGCAAGACGCAAUGAAGCUGAAACAGAAAUUAGCCAAAGAACUUGAAUUCACAAGUAAGACUCUAGAUGAGGAGAGUGCAUUUGAUGGUGAAGAUCUUACGACAUUUGAAUAUGCAAAGGACCAAGCACACACAAUGAAACGACGAUCGAAUGAUAUGGUUUCUUCAUUCAGCAGUGGCAUCAUGACAGAUGCUGAACUAGCAAAACAAAAUGAAUAUUAUACAAAAUUAAGUGAGAAGUAUAAAAAAGCGCAUCAUGAUUUAUAA